CGCUCGUGAACAAUAGAACGUGGCGGAUAUACACUAGAAAAGUCAGUCCGUCUAUAUAUAUGCUACUUGCAAGUAAUUUGGAGUGUUCAAAUACUUGGUAGAUACACGGGUAAAGGAAUCAUGUCUCUUUCUCAACUCUCAAGGGCCCAGUGCCGCAUCGCACACAUUUCUCGACCCGUACUAACCGCGGGCGUCAGACAGUACGUCAGUCAACCAGGUGAGGGUUUGAACAAGUUCAGUCGCACCAUCACACAGCCCAAAGCCAACGGAGCAGCGCAGGCGAUGUUACACGCCACAGGCCUGAGUACAUCCGAUAUGGCGAAACCUCAAGUGGGAAUCUCGUCGGUGUGGUAUGAGGGCAAUCCAUGCAACAUGCACCUCUUAGACCUGGCCAAUAUUGUCAAGAAGGGUGUACAAGACGUAGGACUAGUUGGCUUCCGUUUCAACACCAUUGGAGUCAGUGAUGGCAUGUCUAUGGGUACCAAUGGCAUGUCAUUCUCGCUGCAGUCGCGUGAUAUCAUUGCCGAUUCGAUUGAGACAGUUAUGAGCGGACAGUGGUACGAUGCUAAUAUCUCCAUUCCUGGUUGUGACAAGAACAUGCCCGGUUGUUUAAUAGCUAUGGGACGUCUCAAUCGCCCAGCCAUCAUGGUGUAUGGAGGAACCAUCCGUGCCGGCUGUGGUGCCGGCAAUGCUAAGCUGGACAUUGUAAGUGCUUUCCAGGCAUACGGACAGUAUGUCGCAGGCGAGAUCAACGAGGAACAGCGAGCUGAUGUCAUCCAGAAUGCGUGUCCCGGAGCCGGAGCCUGUGGAGGCAUGUACACAGCCAACACCAUGGCUAUUGCGAUCGAGACCAUGGGCAUGAGUCUGCCGUACAGUUCCAGUGUACCCGCCAACGCCCCCGGCAAAAUACAGGAGUGCCAGAGUGUAGGCAAAUAUGUCCUGAAUCUCAUGGAAAAGGAUAUCAAACCCCGAGACAUAAUGACAAAGCCCGCCUUCAUGAACGCCAUAACCAUUACUAUGGCCCUGGGAGGAUCCACCAACGCAGCACUGCAUCUGAUUGCUAUGGCACGUGCAGUGGAUGUGGAUAUCACUCUCGACGACUUCCAGCGAGCCAGUGACGCCACACCUUUCAUUGCUGAUCUCAAGCCAAGUGGACAGUAUGUUAUCGAGGAUCUUCACAACGUAGGAGGAACACCAGCCGUCCUCAAGUAUUUAUUGGAGAAGAACAUGAUUGAUGGUUCCUGUUUGACUGUGACAGGCAAGACUUUGGCCGAGAACCUUAAAGACCUGCCAGGACUGAAAGAGGGCCAGGACAUCAUCCACCCAAUCGAGACGCCCAUCAAAAGUUCAGGUCAUUUGAAUGUGCUCUAUGGCAACCUUGCGCCUGAGGGCUCUGUGGCGAAGAUCACGGGCAAGGAGGGUAUGCGCUUCCAGGGACGUGCGAUGGUGUACGAUGCUGAAGAGGACAUGCUACACGCUCUAGAGCGUGGCGAGAUCGUCAAAGGCGAGAAGCAGGUAGUAAUCAUCCGCUACGAAGGUCCCAAGGGAGGUCCUGGUAUGCCUGAGAUGUUGACCCCAACCAGUGCCAUUAUGGGUGCUGGUCUGGGACAUGAUGUGGCUAUGAUCACAGACGGAAGAUUCUCCGGAGGGUCUCACGGGUUUAUCAUUGGACACGUGACACCUGAGGCGCAGGCGGGUGGCCCUAUUGCUUUGGUUAAGAAUGGCGAUAUCAUUACGAUUGAUGCGGAUACCAAGGAGAUCAAAAUGGAUGUGAGUGAAGAAGAGCUGCAAAAGCGCAGAGAAAGUUUUGUAGCACCCGCUCUGAAGUACACCAGGGGGACACUGUACAAGUACAUAAAGAACGUCAAGUCCGCGUCUCUAGGCUGUGUGACCGACGAAUAAAUUGAUAACCGUCUAUAAUCAGAUAAGCAUAAAUAUAUGGCAUUGGAUUCUAAACCCGGCAUGUAAUCCCAC